CUUGUCUGGUGGACCGUGGACCUACGACCAGAAAACACUUUACCAAAGUUUUCCUAUUCGAAGGUUGCUUCGCUAUCGCUGUCCCCUUUAUUGUGUCUGAAAAUAUUCCCCAUUUCGUCCGGCGAAAUCUCCGGUCAGGUUGAAGGGUAUUAUGUUUGCUGGAUAUAUCCUGAAGAGGGCUCGUGAUCUUUUCAGGUGUUCUGGUAGCAGUAUUUUCUCUGAAAGAUUCCAUUUCAAGUAUCCCCUGGGUUGGUAACAGCUAUGCUACCGACGGGGGCAAAAGAUACUCAACUCCGUGACAGCAAUAACCAAAAAGUCCACCCUCAACCUAUGGAAGACACCACGAACCAGAAUCCAGAAGCUUUGGAAGCUCUGAUAACUAAAUUAUUUACGAACAUCUCCUCUCUCAAGUCAGCUUAUAUUCAGCUCCAAACUGCUCAUACUCCCUAUGACCCUGAAAAAAUCCAAGCUGCUGAUAAGCUUGUAAUUUCUGAGCUGAAGAAUCUAUCUGAACUUAAGCACUUCUACAGAGAAAACAACCCCAAGCCAGUGUGCGUUUCUCCUCAGGAUUCUCGCUUAGCUGCAGAGAUCCAAGAACAGCAGAGCCUGCUGAAAACCUAUGAGGUUAUGGUAAAGAAAUUCCAGUCUGAAAUUCAGAAUAAGGAUUCUGAGAUUCAUCAGUUGCAGCAGCUAAUUGAAGAGGCAAACCAGAAGAGAGUGAAACUGGAAAAGAAUAUAAAGCUCAGGGGCUUGUCUAUGAAGGAAUCUGAAGGCUCAGGAGAAGAAAAUGGAUUCUUUCCUGUGGAUUUGACUCCUGAGCUCUUCACAUCAGCUGUUGAAUCUGCUUUCAAAGCUAUUCAUGAUUUCUCUAAACCAUUGAUCAACAUGAUGAAAGCUGCUGGCUGGGACCUUGAUGCUGCCACUGACUCAAUUGAGCCCAAUGUUGUUUAUGCCAAGAGAGCUCACAAAAAAUAUGCAUUUGAGUCCCACAUAUGCCAGAGGAUGUUCAGUGGGUUUCAACAGGAGAAUUUCUCCAUUAAAUUAGAUAAUCUUACAGUCACUAAAGAGAGCUUCUUCCACCAAUAUCUGGCUUUGAGGGAGAUGGACCCUUUGGACAUGUUGGGCCAGAAUCCUGAUUCCAUCUUUGGGAAGUUUUGCCGGAGCAAGUACCUAGUGGUUGUUCAUCCAAAGAUGGAAGCUUCAUUCUUUGGAAAUUUAGACCAGCGGAAUUAUGUAAUGGGGGGUGGCCAUCCUAGGACUCCAUUUUACCAAGCCUUUCUAAAAUUGGCUAAAUCUAUUUGGCUUUUGCACAGGCUAGCUUAUUCAUUCGACCCUAUUGUGAAAGUCUUUCAAGUUAAAAGGGGAAGUGAAUUCUCAGAGGUUUAUAUGGAAAGUGUAGUGAAGAAUUUGAUAAUGGAUGAAAAUGAUCAGAAGCCUAAGGUUGGGCUAAUGGUCAUGCCUGGCUUUUGGAUUGGUGGCAGUGUCAUUCAGAGCCGAGUUUAUCUUUCUGGAAUGAAGGUUAACGAGUAAUUACCAGCACUUCGAAAACCUUUGUUCCAAUAUGGAGUAUUUAUAUAUAUAGUGUGCUGUUUUUCUUUGUGCUGUAUUGUUAUUGCUGUACUUUGGUAAUUGUAGUAAUUGUAUCACGAUAUAAGGAGCUCUUCAUUUUUUUUUUGACCAAUUUCCUGUCAGUGUUUGCUUUGCAUGGCAUAACCGCACUUGUGGCUUUGAUUGCGUAAGAGAAUGCAACAUCUUGACCAUGAUUUGAGCAAUCA